AGAAGUGGUUCGAGGUCCUGACGAGGGAACACUGACCGAGGAAGAGGAAUAUGAUAAUAAGUUAUGAUGGAGUUAUUGCCCUGAACGCUCUCUUUGGACUGUACCAACAAGACCCGCGAACUGGACCAGGCCACGCGCUCAACUUCACUUAGGAACUAACGGGAUUUGUUUUUACUGCGUGUUUCUCUGGGAAAUAAAGGUUUGGAUAGCCCUUCCUGUUACGAAGUCGGCGGUUCUAUACAAAGUUUCUUUAAUAUUUUGAUAAAGUCCAGUUCAUGCUUCUGAUGACACCGUAAGUAUGGAUAGUCAAGCUGAACGGAAUGCAGGAUUUCCUGCACCACACAGUUGCGGUCACACGCGGUUAUUAGAGAUUUAGGUUUACUAAUGCGUACUGGUGGGAUCUGAAACUCGUCGUAAAACACUGGUUGGCUGGACUGUAUGCUCCUUUCCUGCUAUUCUUCUCCGCCUCGCAGCGCUUCCUGCUUGUGGUGGCCACUGCACUUAAUGGCUAAAAAUACAUAAAAACUCAAAAUGGACAGCUACAUGUAGCGAGAACCAUAAUAAUUUGGUAUUUUACAACAAGCUUUCAAUAGCUUUAUUUUUGUCCCUACACUCCACUUAAAAUCAGUUCUCAACAGGUGGCAAUUUUGAAUGAGGGAAGAGAAGAGCUCAUAACCCAUAAUGAGGUGAUUCAAGAGCCUCUUAAAUACAGGCCCACUGAAAUGAUUAUGUGCUCAAAACAUGUUGGGAAACCACACAUCACUUGAACACAGAGAAUCAGUUCAGACAGUACUGCCUUUCUGAGCUUUAAGACACUUCAAACAAAAGCAACCUCUCAACUGAUUCUGUAUUUUUCGAGUGGAGAGCUUAACAUGUAAUGUCAAGACGAAUGAAAGACACUUACUAUUCAGUUAUCUGUGAAUCCUCUCCUGCAGCCCACUUGUUGGUCGAGCUUUUGAACACAUUUCACUGGUCCCUCAUGAACCAACAAAAAAGACAGGAAAGGGAGCGAGGCGCAAUAAAGUACUCCUUUGUACUUUAUUUUCAAACCCUUGGGGUGCAAAAUCAGAUCCAGUCAAAACAUCUGCUUGAGGCUCCAUGGAGCCACUGAAGAACAUAUUGAGUCGUGGUCCACUGUCCAACUGGAAAAAUUUGGAUCAAUCACAAAAAGGGAAUUUCCCCAACCCUGUGUGGACGGCCUUAUUCGACUAUGAGGCGUCCUGUAAAGAUGAGCUCACCUUGCGUAAAGGUGACCUGGUGGAAGUCCUGUCUCUGGACUCUGAGAUAUCAGGCGAUGAUGGCUGGUGGGCGGGUAAGGUCAACAACAAGGUGGGCAUCUUCCCAUCUAACUAUGGCUCUUUCAAGCCAACUGAAUUUGCAAAGCUCCCGUGCACUGCCGUGGUUGGAGAGCUUACCCCGGCUGUGGUUAGCCAGUUCGAACCCGACGUGCUGGAUUUCCGGGAUCUGAAACUGGAGGAGGUCAUCGGGGUCGGGGGCUUUGGAAAGGUGUAUCGUGGUACAUGGAGAGGCCUGCUGGUUGCUGUGAAGGCCGCACGGCAAGACCCGGAUGAGGAUAUCAGCGUGACAGCUCAGAAUGUCAGGCAGGAGGCCCGUUUGUUUGCCAUGCUCACCCACCCCAACAUCAUCGCCCUGAAAGGCGUCUGCCUGCAGGAACCCAACCUGUGCAUCAUCAUGGAGUACGCCUCUGGGGGGGCUUUGAGCCGAGCUCUGGCAGGGCGUCGUAUCCCGCCCCACAUCUUGGUCAACUGGGCCGUGCAGAUAGCCAGAGGGAUGGUGUACCUGCACAGCGAGGCUAUCGUCCCCGUCAUCCAUCGAGAUCUCAAGUCCAACAACAUCCUCCUGUCUCAGCCCAUAGAGAAUGAAUGUAUGGAGGGUUUGACGCUGAAGAUCACGGACUUCGGCCUGGCCAGAGAGUGGCACAAGACCACCAAGAUGAGCACCGCCGGCACCUACGCCUGGAUGGCCCCCGAGGUCAUCAAGUCCUCCACCUUCUCCAAGGGCAGCGACGUUUGGAGCUAUGGUGUUCUGCUGUGGGAGCUGCUCACAGGAGAGGCCCCCUACAAAGGGAUUGAUGGAUUGGCCGUCGCCUACGGAGUGGCAGUCAACAAGCUGACCCUGCCUAUCCCUUCCACGUGCCCCGAACCCUUCGCUCAGCUCAUGUCAGAGUGCUGGGACCAGGACCCCCACCGCAGACCCAGCUUCAGCUCCAUCCUGUCCCAGCUGCUGGCCCUGGAACAGCAGGUGAAGGAAGAGAUGCCGCAGGAAUCCUUCCACUCCCUGCAGGAGGACUGGAAACUGGAGAUCCAGGACAUGUUCGAUGAACUCCGGGCUAAAGAGAAGGAGCUGCGAAGCCGCGAGGAGGAGCUGAAGCGAGCGGCUGUGGAGCAGAAGUCCCAGGAAGAGUUCCUGCGGCUGAGGGAGCAGGAGCUGGCCCAGUGGGAGCAGGACGUGUUCGAGCGCGAGCUCAGCCUCCUCAUCCUCCACCUGAACCAGAACCAGAACCAGGAGAAACCCAACGUGAAGAAGAGGAAGGGCACCUUUAAGAAGCACAAGCUCAAGUGCAAGAAUGGCGAGAAAAUCAGCCAGCCUCAAGAUUUCAUCCAUAAGAUCACGGUGCAGGCUUCCCCAGGCCUGGAGAAGAGGCGUAACUCUCCUGAUAUGGGUUCAGGCUCCUCACCCUCCUUUCGCCGUUUCCGUGCAAUCCAACUCAGUCCCAGUGACAACAACAGGACGUUUGGUUUGAGCCCAGUCUUUCCCAUAGAGGCCCCUUCUCAUAAACAAGCCAAUGGGGACCUGAGGGCUGGCCCUCACUGGAGGCCCCAGAGCCCCAAAAGCCCCAAAAGCCCCAAAGUCCUGCGCCUCAGUCCCCAGGAAAGCAGUCUGUCUAUGAGGGCCAAGCUACUGGAGUCAGACAGCAACGAGGGGGGUGAAUCCAAGGAUGACUUUGAGGAGUACAGACCCUCCGAGCCCACAGCUCAGAACGGCGCCUCAGUGAAGGACAGCCUGCGGCUCCCUAUACCUCAGCGAGACUCGGUCAGCGAGGAGCGGGGGUCCUCCCCGGCUGGCUCCCCCAGGCCUGAGAGGAGGGGCCUCAUUAAGGGCACCCACCGGGCCAUACUGGGCUACGGCUCCCUCGUGGCCUCUAUAGGACUCGGCCGCUGCCUGGAUAUUCCCCCAAGGGUGCCACCUCGAACUAACCUCCCUUCCCUAGAGAACCACACCCCCUCCGAACCAGAGAUCUCCCUGCCCAUGCCCCUCAUUUCAGACCCCCCAGUGGUGGACGAUCUCAUUACCUUUUCCACCUCGGAGCAGCUCCCCAGGCCACUCUUAGAUUUAGCGAUGCAGUACCAGGAACUGAAGCCCUUGCCCCUGACGCCGCCUCCGCCAAACCCCCGUGAGAGGAGCGGCCGCCGGACGCCGCAGAUGCCGCACAGCCCUCAGAGCCCCCGGACCCCCAUUCGGCACAGCAAGGCCAGCCCAGGGGAAUGGACCCCAAUUUCCCAGUCAACUAAUGGGGGGGUGGGCUGUGAGUCCUGCGAGCACAGAGCGGAGCGGAGGAGGAGGUCCAGCCACGGCCUGCACGCCUCCCAGCUAGUUUUGGACCUGCCCUUGUACCAGGACUCACUUGACCCUGAUGAUAAGCCUCCUGUGCCCUCUCCCCUCCACCCUAGCCCCGCCCUCUCCAGCCCCAAAACCCGACGCCUGGAGGUCAGCGUGAUCCCCCGGCCUCGCCCGUCCCCCAUCCGCCCCCGCAUCGACCCCUGGAGCUUCAUCUCAGCCGGUGGCGGGACCUCUGGGGGCCGCAGCCCGCACCGCUCUGACAGCAACCCUCUGGGCUACCAGCCUUCCCCUACCAACCCCUUCACCAACUGUGACCCCUUCCCCUCACCGGACUGCGACCCCUUCGCCCUCAAGGCUGACCCCUCGAGCGGCUCGGACACGGCUUCUCCCUUCGACCCCUUCUCCACUCCCUUUCCCACCUCCCGUUCUGCCCCGUGCUCCACUAACGGUUCCCCCACGCUGCCAACCUUCCGCAUAGCGCCCAUCAACCCGGCCGACUCGCCCCUCAUCAACCUGGGCUGGGCGGCCUGCAGCAGACCCCUGGAUGUUACCAAAGAGAGGGCUCACCCCCGCAAGACACUGGGGCUCAAGCCCUUCAAGUCCCCAACGCAACUCAGAGACGAUAGGUUCUAAACACGAGGCUAGGCCGGGGGUUUGUCGCAGGAACACAGUCUAGGACCAUCUCACUACUAUGUCCUCCAUCUUAACAAACAUUUGGAAUCUUUAAGAAAAAACCCAUCAAUCAACCCACUGAGUGAGUUUUACCCCAGGGGAGCCACAAUCAUUGCAGGUCCUAUUGAUACGCCAGCCUGCUGCUUCGGAAGCCAGUGAAAGGCAGUGCUUUGUAUUGUGGGAAAGCUGCCUUUGAACCAAUAGCUGGUGCCCAUUUCAUUCUUCCUCUCUAUCCGGGUUUCUCUCCCCUUUGAAGAAGCAGAACACAGAUCACUAGUCCCAUCUUCCGAUCCUAUCAGGCUGCUCAUAUCACCUGCUUUCAUCUCCCGCCUACCUUUGAAGCAUUGUGACAAUGCAGAGGUGGAUAAGGCGCCUUGCACAGCUUCAUCUGCCUCUACCUCUCUGCAAACUGAAAGCAUUCAGGACAAUGGAAAAUUGGAGUGCCUUAUUUCGUGAAGUGUUUUUAGUAUAUAUCUUUUCAAGAUUUCUUAUAUGGUUAAUCUGGUGCGUAGGGAAGAUGCUUUACAUUUGACUCAAAUUUGCAAAUCAGCUUGCUAUUGCUGUGGAAGAAAAUGUCGUCUACGUGUCUGUGUGUGCAUGUCUAGGCUCAUUGUUCGAGGAGAGCUUAUGUUUAAAAAAUAAACAACAGCAUCUGCCUGUUGUAUUAUGGGAGAAAGUGUGAAUAUUCUAGGCCACUCGUGAAAUCCAAGACAAAUCCAUGACCCAGACAUUCCACUUGGAAGCAGAUAAAAUUCCAAUGACGUUCCCCUUGA